GCUGUGUGCAGUUCGUCGCCAUGUCGAUGUCCAUGACCUCCAUAAACAAAAACAAAUGAGUGUAAUCAUUUGACAUCUUUCAAAAAACAAUUACAGGCCUCUAUCGUCACGUAAAGUUCAAUCUUGUGAUGAAAUUUUCCAAUAAUUUGUAUUUAUGAUGCACGAUUUGAUUAAACAAAGAUGGAAAACAAAAUAAAAGGAUGGAAGAGCAACCGAAACGUUUUAAAGUUAAUGCAAUGCAGGGAACUUAAUUGUGAAGCAGCAAAAGUACUCAAACAACGCACGCAAUUCAGUGAUAAUUUUAUUCAGAGGUUAGGACUCGAGGCGGAGCUUGAGGGGCACCAGGGCUGUGUUAACUGCCUCGAAUGGAGCCCUAAUGGACUACACCUGGCGUCGGGCUCCGACGACACCAACGUCAUCCUCUGGGACCCUUUUAGACACAAACAGAUCAACGUAAUCCCAACACCACAUAUUGGCAAUAUUUUUUCGGUUAAAUUUUUAGCUGAUGAAAAUGUCAUUGCGACUGCAGCUGGAGAUUGUCGAGUGGUUGUGCAAAGUGUCUCGGGGGCUCUUGACAAAAGCGCCCCCUUGUUGGAUUGCGCAUGUCACAUAGGAAGAGUGAAACGUCUUGCUACAGCCCCCGACCAGCCUACUCUGUUCUGGUCAGCAGGUGAAGAUGGUUUAGUUGUGCAAUACGAUAUGCGGGAACCCCAUGAGUGUCCCACGCAAAGUAAAGUUUUAAUCGACCUAAGUUUCAAAUCCGAAAUCAAAUGCAUAGCUGUGAAUCCCACUAAAUCACACUAUGUUGCUAUAGGAGCAAAUGAUUGUUUUGUACGUUUAUAUGACAGACGGAUGAUUAAAGUGUCAAUGAUUUCGCCUUCUUUCCAGGCGAAUUUGUCAUUUAAUCCGUCGAAAAGGACGUCACCGCAGCCACAAAACAGCGAUUGUGUCCAAUAUUACGCCCCCGGCCAUCUUGCACGCGAAAAUGCCGGAAUUAUGAGUGUCAAAUUAUCGGUGACUUAUAUCGCUUUCAAUUCCGCUGGUUCGGAAAUGUUGGUGAAUAUCGGGGGAGAACAGAUUUAUUUAUUUGAUGUAAAUAAUAGUCGACACAUUAACGAACUUAAAAUCCCCCAAAAUCUACCCAAAAGGCCGCAUUUACCCUAUAGGAAUUGUUGCCAACCGAAUGCGUUGUCUGAAAUUAAUGGAGUCAGUGCGGACCUAUUUGAGAAAAAUACGGACUGUGCUUGCUUUUACAUGAGGCGGGCGUUGCAAGCCUACCAACGGAAGUGGAUGGGCGACUUGUACGCUUCGGCACGUGACUACCUCCACGUGAUUCAGCAUUGGCCAGACCACAAACAGGCUUACAUCGGAUUAAUAAAAUGCCUAAUAGCCAUGAAAUGGGAAGAGGAAGCAAACGCCUGGUUAAAACACUUUACAAAACUCCACCCCGAAUGUGAAUCUUCCUCACAGAUGAGAUUCAUCGUUGAGGAAUUACAAACGCUCAAAAAUAGCGUAAAAUUCGAAGAAACAGGAGUGAAGAAAGUCGAAGAUGAUGAGAAGAAGCUACGAUUGGAUUCGUUCGAUUUUGAAAAGAUUUUUAUAGGACAUUGUAAUACUACGACUGACAUAAAGGAAGCGAAUUUUUUAGGUGAUUGUGAUAAUUAUAUCUGUGCUGGAUCGGACGAAGGGAUUAUUUUUAUAUGGGAUAAGAAGAGUAUGAAUGUGGUUAGGGCUCUCUUUGGAGAUAAUUCGAUAGUUAAUUGUAUUCAACCACACCCUAGUGCCUGUGUUGUAGCGUCCAGUGGAAUAGAUACGGCGGUUAAAAUAUGGUCGCCCCGGCCUGAGGACGGAAAAGUGAACAACCGGAUCGUCAAAUGCAUCCCCACUGUAGUUGAAACAAAUCAGCAUCGCAUGUCAAUGGACCCAUUCGAGUCGAUGUUGGCCAGCAUGGGUUACCAAAUCGAAGGGAGCGGUUUAGACGGAUCGUCCAUUCAGGAAGUACCAACGUGCCGAACUAGUUAAUUUUUUAAAAACCAUUAAAAAUAGGUUUGAUAGAAAUUGUAAUAAAAUCGUUGCAAACGAAUAAAUUCACAUUUUAGUCGUAAACAAUCAAAGCCUUGCUCAUUUAUUUUGUACUUUUUAGAGGGUGCGUUUUAUGUUGUUGAUUUUUGAAUAAUAUAUACACAAUACUGUAAAUAGUAUUUAUGUUAAUAACUUUAAAGAUUUUUUAAUUAUCAUGUAAACUGUAAAAAUUAAACACUAAUUUGGGGAAA